UCUCGCUGCUGGGGGCUGCCGCUGCCAGCGCCUUGUUUCCAGUCGCCCAAGGAGGCGGCGGUAGCAGCAGGAGCAGCAGCAGUGCCUGUGGCUUUGGGAGCCUCGGGCACGGAAACGGCGCAGCGCAGCUGUGGCUUCAGCGCAGCCUGGGGCGGGAGCGGCGCCCCGGGCUGGGGCUCCCUCGAGCAAUAGGGGGAGAUGCGCGAUUCUUGGGACGAGGGGCCUUGGCAAGAGCCCAGUGUUGCUUAAAGAAUGGCACAUGGCCUAUUGGAAGAUUAAUCAGAUAUGAAUACAAGUCAGUAAAUCCUGAGGAAGUGAAAAGGGGCUUCCCUUUUGUAACCAACUGUCCUCAUGCUAAGGGACAUCAUCCUGCCCAUGAUGGAAGCAGAUGGCUGGGAAUGGCUGGUAUCUGCAGUUCAACAGCUGAUAUCCUGGGGGGCUUCGGCAGCCAUGAUGUUUGGUGGUAUAGUGCCAUACAUCCCUCAAUACCGAGAUAUUAAAAGAACACAGAACGCAGAGGGCUUUUCAACCUACGUGUGUUUAGUAUUAUUAAUUGCAAACAUUUUAAGGAUACUCUUUUGGUUUGGGAGACAUUUUGAGUCACCUUUACUAUUGCAAAGCAUUAUAAUGAUAGCCACAAUGUUAUUAAUGCUGAAAUUGUGCACUGAAGUACGUGUGGCCAAUGAGUUGAAUAUAAAACGACGUUCCUUUUCAGCUGCAGAUAGUAAGGAUGAAGAAAUCAAAACAGCUCCCAAGAGAAUCUUUCUAGAUUUUGACUUGAACUCUUUCUGGCACUGGAACAAGUUUGCAGAUUAUGUGCAGUGCGUUCUGGCUUUCACUGGGGUAACAGGAUGCAUCACUUACCUUUCCCUUGACUCCAUUAUCUUUGUUGAAACCCUGGGUUUCCUUGCUGUUUUCAUUGAAGCCAUGGUGGGUAUCCCGCAGCUCUACCGUAAUUAUCAGAAUAGGUCAACUGAAGGAAUGAGCGUAAAGAUGGUGCUAAUGUGGACCAGUGGUGACACCUUCAAGACGGUGUAUUUCCUCCUGAAUCAAGCUCCAUUCCAGUUUUCAGUGUGUGGACUUCUCCAGGUUUUUGUAGACAUGGCCAUCCUUUUGCAGGUUUACUUUUUCAGCUAUUACCCACAGAAACCUGUUCCUCAUUCAUCACAUCCAGCCAGUACGAAGGCACUUUAAAGCACAGAACAGAAGCACUUAUUCUUGUAGAUGUAGAAGAGGCUGGGAGCCAGUUUUAGCUUCAACGCUGCUUGUACUUACUGUGUUUCUGAGGAACUAGAAACAGAAGAAUCAAAGUUACAUAGCUACAUGGACACUUCUUUUGGCAUUUUUCCCUCUUUCAUUGGGUUGCAUAUCUAUUGAAAUGGGUUUGUCUUCUUUGGGGUUACAGUGAAGGGUUUUCUUUUAUUUUCUUCCGUUCUACUCACUUCUCUAAAUAUCUGUGCACAGACAAAUGGGUGUAUCACAAGGGCUGGUUGUUAAUGUUCUCAAUACUAUUUUUUCAAAGGUCAGUCAUAAAAGUUGGAGUAUUUUGUCCGAAGCAUUUACCUAUUUAUAUGCAUAUGGGCUAUGUAUUUGGAAUAUGUUACAUUCCUUAGAUGAAUGUGCAGAACCUGUUUUUUUGUUUUUUUUUAAAUGUGGUAGGCCACACUUGGUAAGAUUGUAAGAGUUGAUACUAGGAAGAAAUGAUUUAGUGAAUAAUGUCAAGAAAUAGAUUUUGUGCAACUGUGUUAAAUAUAUAUGUGCACACUGCUGGGCCAGUGUGAUGUAUAAAUACAUCAAAGUGAUUAGUGAUUUUGAUACAAAUGCUACUACAGCCAAACAGAACAGACUAAUGCACAGUAAGUCUUCAGAGAGCUCAGAAGGAUGAGUAAUUUUGACACCUUGGAGAAAUUACUAACAGAAUCUAAAAAGGAUUUAUCGUUAAAGUGGAGGAGCUUGAAAGAAAGUCUGCGUUUAGUUUAGGCAUUAUUUGCAUUCUGUUUCUGUAUUUUUGUUUGGUGGAAAAGCCAAAUCUUGUCUUCGCAAUGCGAGCACAAUGACAUUUGUAAAGUUAUACUCUUAAGUUGCACAGAUCAACUACAGUAGUAUUGCUUUUUAAGCUAAAGACAUUAUCUGAGUAAUCUUCUCUCUGUGAAAGAGAUGGUCUACUAGACUAGGGUAGAGAAGAGAGGGCAAUACUUUAGUGCUGGAUAAUAGGGCAAACUUUUUUUUUUACAUAGAUGUUUGUGUGUGAUAUUUUUCUAAAUAUUUAAUACCAAAUGUCAUUUUAUGUUUGGGAAGAAGUGGGGCUACUGAAAACGAGGGGAUAAAUGAUAGUAAUUCUGAGUCCAUUAAAGUUUUGAAAGUUGCUUCAUUUUAGCAAUGCCAUCGCCAGUAACUGAAAAGGGAGAAUGAAAAAGCACUUAGGGAGGCAUAUUUAUAAGAGUAGAGAAACUGAAGAAUCUAUAAAACAAGUUCACCAGACUUAUGUAAGUCUAUUUUGGGAUUUGAUUGGGCUGCAAGAAAAGCAUUGCUUGUAUUGUUUUAAAAGUUCCUUGACUAACUUGUCAAGGCAAAUUUGCUUCCAUAGCUAUGAGAUAUAUAUAUAUAUAUGCAUUCAACAGUGGUUCAGGAACCACUCUCUUCUUGUAGCCUUAACAAAAUUGUAUGUGCUUUUGUUGUUAGAUAUAGCCUACAUCAGGGGUCCUCAAACUUGGCCACUUUAAGACUUGUGGACUUCAGCUCCCAGAAUUCCUCAGCCAGGCAUGUGGCUGGGGAAUUCUGGGAGUUGAAGUCCACAAGUCUUAAAGUGACCAAGUUUGAGGACUCCUGGCCUACAUGGAGGGGGAUUUUAUUAAACGCCGAUUCAUUGAUUCCCCUCAACUAUCCAGAAAAAUAUAUUGAAGUCUGACCAAAAGUCUUCAGCUGGAUCUCCUCCUUGCCUCAUCCAGUUCUCUCUCUUCCAAAUCUGGGCUGACCUGAAGACAUCAAAAUUCCAUCUUUGCAAGAGUGGGAAUCUAUCAGAAGCUUUGCUUGAAUCUCUUCCACUUGCACAUCUGAUCUGGCUAUGUGUCCUCUCCUAUAUUUCAGGUCUGAGGGACAAUUUCACUAGGGCAAUUCUGAAUGCCCAGGAACUCGAUCCCUUCCUUAAAGAGCAAAAAACUUAAGAUAAGGCAACUAAAGGAUGAGGCAAUAUGUUAAUUGGCUAUCGCUUUAAUGGAGUUCUCUCUGCCCGGCUGGCAAAUAAAGAAAACCUCAGGAAAGCCGCUAUAAUGAGAGCUUGGUGUGAAAUGUUGUAGUUGACUAGACUUGUGCUGUUGACUGGCUUCAUUGCUUAUUCCUUAGUGCCUGAAGUGACCUUACCAAGCUGAUUUUAUGUAGCAUGGCUGAAUGUGAAUGUUGCAUUGCUCUCUCUUUCACAAAUGUUCUAACUGUGUUAGAACAGGGUGGCAAUCGUCUUUUAAAUUAUACAUUUUCAUCCUAGUUUUUCCUGGUGUGCUGCUGUAGCGAGGAUUGUAUUUCUACUCAUACAACAGAAUUUAUUAAACUUGCAAUGCUAGGUUUUGUUUUUGUAUGGGGUAAUAUUCUUUGCUUUCCCAGUGUCUUUUGAAAAGAGAUACGGGAUUAAACUAUUACGUUAGUGUAGCCUGAAUAUAUACAAAUACCUCUUUUUUUAAAACAAGUGUUAUUGAAGGUAAAAUUAAUAGUAUUCCACACACACCUACUUUUUUUUCCAGAUGAGUUACUGUCCACAGAUUCUUAACUUCUGCUGUCAUUAUUAAAAUAUAGGCUCAGAACAUCACAGAACUACAAGUAAACCCGAGAUUUUAUGCACAUGUGCAGUAUUUAACUGUGUGGGUCACUCCUGAACUCCAGAUAGCCACGUAUUUAAGAAAAGGGCCAUUUUAACACUACCCACAUACGGUUUUAGGAUCAAUAUCAAUUGAUUUCCAGGGGAUCAUAACUAAUCCAUUACAUAGAAGAGAGCCAAUUGCUGCGUUUUUUGUUGCCAUGGCUUGAACAUUUAAACCAGGGCUGUCCAACCUUGGCAACUUUAAGACUUGUGGACUUCAACUCCUAGAAUUCCCCUGCCAGCAUGAAUAAUGGGAGUUAAAUUCCAACAGUUUUAAAGUUGCCAAGAUUGGACAUUCCUGAUUUAAACCAAGAGUGGACAAUCUUAAUUAGACAAUGGUAAAGCUCACUCUCCUGAUCAACUAGAGAAGUGUAGCAUGUCUUCUAGCAAUGCGGGAGAAUAAAUGUUCUCUUAGCUUUUUUUGGGGUGUGGGAGGAUGGAUGACCCAUUUCCCUGAAAACUGGCUAUGUUGCCAUCAAAUUUCAAAAGUUCUCGAGAUGCUAAGAGGCCACAUUUCACCAUAGGAUACAGGUUGUCCAUCACUUGCUUAAGCCUUCUCUUAGUCACAGGUAAACUCUUCAUCAAGCAGCAGGUCUGAUACAUCUGUAAGAGUAUCCAAAGAACACCUCUGUAAUUAGGAAACUAUUUCCUAAAAAAAAAAUCUGUAAAGAACUUUUGUAUAUUUUAGCUACAUGUUGAAUGUAUGGAAAAAUCCAAUUGCACUCAUUAAUGAUCAGUUUGAUUUUUUUUUUAAAAAAAAUAAAGUUAUACACAAGUGCA